AGGAGGGGGGGGAGGGGGAAGUGGGGGUCACCCUGCUUCCGGAAACCACAGAGAACAUGACAGCCCCGGCAUGGGCGGCGGCAACCGUGGGGGUGGGCAGGGGGGUGGUAUGUCCGACUCGGGCAGGAACUCUCUGACCAGCCUGCCUACGUACACAAGCUCGGGGGGGUACGCCCCCCCGCCAGUCCUGGGGCCCCUCAGCGCGUCCACCAGCCACAUCAACCGGCUGGCGGAGAAGCUGGAGCGGCCGGGUGGGUACCAGAACGGCCUGAGCGCGUCCGACAGCGGCCGCUCGUCCUCGGGCAAGAGCUCGUCCUCAUACCAGCGCCUCAGUCAUCUGAGCGACGCCCCCGCACCCCUGCGCCCCUCGCCCUCCUCUGAUGACAUCAUACAAGACCUGGAGGACAGGCUGUGGGAGAGAGAGCAGGAGGUGCUCCACAUGCGGCGUAACCUGGACCAGAGCGAGGCGGCCAUCGCGCAGGUCUUCGAGGAGAAGCAGCGGGUGUGGGAGCGCGAGAUGGAGGACCUGCGUCAGAACUACGCCGCGCGGCUGCAGCAGGUGACGCGCCGCGCCCAGCGCUCCCAGCAUGCACUGCAGGCGCAGAUCACACGGCUGCAGCAGGACAAGCGGCGGUUGCAGGACGAGAUCGCCGCCCUGCUGGCCCAGCGAGACGAGCUGGAGAGGAAGUGCCUGGAUUACAGGAAGGAGCAGGCCGACAUCCUGCCACAGCUGGAAGAGACCAAGUGGGAAGUGUGUCAGAAAGCGGGGGAGAUAUCUCUGCUGAAGCAGCAGCUGCGGGACAGCCAGGCGGAGGUGACACAGCGGGCCGGCGAGAUGUUGGCGCUGCGAGGGCAGCUCAAGGAGCUCAACGCACAGCUGAAGGAGCGGGAGGAGGCCAUCCAGGGCCUGAAGGAGUCCUACAACAGCAAGAGCCUGGAGCUGGAGCGCUGCGAGGGGGAGCUACAGAGGACGCUAGCGGAGGUGUCUCUGCUGAGGCAUAAGCUGAGCCUAUUCGAGGUGGAGGUUCUGGGCCUGAAGCAGGCUCUGGGGGAGAUGAACUCGGCCCGUCCCAACUCUGGCGAAAUCUUGCGGGGUGGGGUGCCCCCCUCCUCCUCCUCCUCUUCCUCGCUGUCGUCUCGACCCCCCAGAGACGCCCUCCUGUCCCAUUCCGUCUCGCUGGAGCCCCUGGGCAUGAGCACGGGCAUGGGAUCAUUGCUCCCGCCCUCCUCUUCGUCUCCGUCGGAGGCUCUGCUAUGCCUGCAGAGCGACGAGGCGAAGGUGCAGCAGCGGCAAGAGGCGGGGGACCUGCGUCGUCAGCUGGAGCGCCUGCAGGGCGAGCUGCGUCUGGAGCGGCAGCAGCGCGAGCGCCAGGCGCUCACCUUCGCCCAGGAGCGCCACACCUGGCAGGAUGAGAAGGACCGCGUGCUCAAGUAUCAGGCGCAGCUGCAGCUCAGCUACGUGGAGAUGCUGCAGAAGAACCAGGCGCUGGAGGAGCGUGUCGACCAGCUCAGCACCAAGCUCACCAUCUCGCCCGCGUCCCCGCCGCCGCACCAGCCCCUCCUCGCCCUGCCCCUGGCCGGACUCCCGGCGUUACCCGCGCCCUCCUCGCUAUUGCUCUCCCCCCCGCCCACCGCGCCCUCUGAUGAGAAAAAGCUGCCCGCCCUUCACCAGCUGGCGCCCCCGUGGCCUGUGCCAACGCGGUUGGAGCGGAUUGAAUCGACUGAGAUCUAAAGAUUGCUUGGGAGAGAACGAGAGCAAGAGAGAGAGAGUGAGAGCAAGAAAGAGAGCUAGAGAGAGAGAGAGAAAUGCGAGUACAAUGCAAAUGACGUGGGUUAAGUUCCCUGCUGAAAGUAUACAAAUGACAACUCGCUGUGUUUUUGUGGCAUUUCCAGAAGUGUCUCUAUGUGUUUAUUUCACAUCACGAAACACUCAGUGGGAUGCUCCUGGAGGGAUAACAUCUGGACGGUUUUGUCGUCUCAUAUUCUUCAACACACGUAUUUGACACAGGUCAAACACUGCUGGACAUUUGACCGAACACAGCAACACUGUCAAUAGAAACUCUAAACAAGACCAUCACAUAAGUUUGGAAGUGGAGUCCAAGGAUGCACUGCCAAGAUAGUUUGCAGGGAGAGUGCCGGACUACUCUGCGUCCUGUUGUCUCUGAGUUUUAAAUGUGCGACUAGUCACAGCAGAUCAAAAAUGUUUAUUUUCUGCCUAUAACCAUGAAACAUUUCUUUCCUACAGCUUAUCCCUAAGCAGGCUUAGAAAUGUGUGCCUAAUGGUUAUGGUUAAGAUGUUGAUUAAUGGGUUGUGAUGAAUGUGUUUAUUGAUGAAGCUUUGAGAAGCAGGAUAGAGGCCUUGGUGGGGAGAUACUUGUCAGCAUUUACAGCUGAGAGGUCUGACCCAAGAAAGUAUGCUUAGGCACAUAGUGCUUUAAUUCAUAGCUGACCCGGUUAUCAGUAGGAUCUACUGACAGGGAUACUGACACAGAGAGGAGAUGGUUUUGAGCUCCACGCCUUGGACUUUGAAAUUCACAGUUGAAUGAUACACGAGAAGAAUGUUUAUUCACAAACACAAACACUGUGGAGAUUUUAAUCCUCUGUGAUUUGAACAGAAUGCAUUUCAGUAAAAUGCUCACAAAUGUAUGAAUAUUCAGAAAAUCCAAGGAAUGGAACUCAUAAUCAUAAUAGAGUUUGAUCUCGGACCCACCUCUAGAACUGAGAAUGUGGUACAGAAUAUGCUAACAUUACAGGACACCCCCUGACUGGAGGAAUUAUAGGAUACCGUGCUCAUAUGCACAAAUACACACACUGCCCUCCCUGUUUGGUGCUAGGACAACACACACUACCCCAGUGGUCUGGGUGAAAGGACCAAAACAAAUAUAAAAUGUAGUGCCAGUUUCGAAGGUCCACAUUCGCCAUUGGGGACAGAGAAACUACGUCGAAGGACAAUGAGGAGUGACUACCUGUUGAAGUAGUAGUUCUGUGUGACAACAAAGCAAGACACGCAUCUCUGGUAGGCUAUGAGUACCAGGGACAAAGGCACCGUAAACUUCCUGCUCUGUCGGCGCAGUAGCGGAGGAUGAACACCAGGGGGCGAAUGCUCACAAAAAAUUAAUCCAAGGAUGAAAUUACUUGAAAGUGACUUUUGCAUUUUCUUACUCUUUAUCGCUCUAUUCUAUGUCGGAGACGCGAACAUAAUCCAAUCAAACUUGUCAACGCUGUUGAUGCUUUGGUCUGUAGAAUUAUUUCUUUGAAUGAAGAAAAAAAGAUUGUGUUUGUGAACGAUUGCAUUAGCCUACAUUUGGUCAAUGAAGCCGCAAACUAAGAUGUUGCAGCUGAGCCAGACGCACUUACAAGGCUGUAGGGUGCAGUUUAGAGUGCUUCCUUAACAAAAGGGAGAAUUUGCCUACGUUUGAAAAACAAUAUAUGUCAAUAUAUACUUUAUCUACAUAUUAUGAUUUAGAAUAUAUUUCGCUAAAAACAAUAUGCAGUAUAUUAAAGUGAUCAUUUAAAUGUUUUAAAUAAGUAUUGUAUACAGUUUAUGUUGACAUAUAUUUUGACUGGAUCUUACAGCUUGAAAUAAAGAUAAGGGAUGGAGGAGGUGGAGGAGGUGUACUGAGAUACUGAACAGUGAGCGUGUUGAGGUCGAUACAGACAGAGUUAUAAUGUGUUUGACAGAGAGUAUGAAGCCAGAGUGCUUGUGAUUAGAGGAGGAACACACUCCUAUUGGUCCUACUGUUGUAAGAAAAAUAAACAAAUAGAUGAAUGUUUCAUAAAUUCCACAUGACAUAACUGCUGACCUUUCCUCUCUGCACGUUUAUCAUUGAGAACUCGCCUACCCAGUGGGCUAGAGAACAGUGUCCAUGGUCAUGGAGGUUUAUGUUUGUAUGAUUUGUUUUUCUUAUGACAGUGGAUAGACGAAUAAGUGUGACUCUUUAAGGAUUAGAUGGACACGUAAGCCUCGACUGUCCUUGGGCCAUAUCUGCUGCUAUGUACCUUUGUUGUGUCCUGCUGUGUUCUUGGUAGAGACAGAGAAGGUGUACUUAGAUGUAAAUAUAAUUGUUACUUAUGUGUAUAUACCUACCCAAAUAUACCAAGCUAUUGCGUGUGAAUACUUUCAGAGGAGAAUUGUGAAUUAAUUACACAGACAUUUCAGCUUUUAUUUUUUAUUCUAUAUUAAUAUAAAUAUAUAAAUAUAUAAAACAUAGAUCCAUCUUUAAAAUUGGACCUUCAUGGAAAGAACAUACAAACAUUCAAAUCCAUUAUCCCCGUGUGUUUACUUGAUGUUUUCGAUUCAUAUCGAAGAGGACAAAAAUGCCACCGAUGUUUUCUGUUAUUAUUUUGUAUGGUUUUUAUUUAUGUUACCGAAAUGGCUUGAAGAAAACAUAUCUUAGCAUACUUUAAUUUAAAUAAUAAAGAUACAAAGAAUCAAACAA